GGUGAUAGCGAGAGAGCAGUGACGGUGCCCGAAGCUCCGCGGUGGCUUGGGUAGCAAGGAAGCGGCGCCGGCACACAAAAAGCCCGCACGGCCGGGAUCCUUCCCCUUCACACAACCCAACCCCCUCGGCCUCGCCUCGAUCUGCUUCUGCUCUCCGCUGCUUGGUUGGCGUUCUCCACUCCUCUUGCUCCUCUUCACCCGCUCCGGCCGGCAACCGCAGCGAUCCGAGCUGCCUCGCGACCACGGACCGCCGCCGCCGCCACCUUGGAGCACUCAAACGCCAUGUGCAGCAGCAACAGCACCUCUGACCUCACUGAUGAGAAGCUUAAGGACCAACAACGGUCGACACCAGCUUCACGGCGCUGCCCUAGUUGCGACCAUGAGCUCGACUGCAAUCCAGACAUGGUUGGAUUUCCAGCAGGUGUCAAGUUUGAUCCAUCAGACCAGGAGCUCAUAGAGCACCUGGAGUCCAUGGUGAAGGAAGGAGGCUCCAGAGCACACCCCCUGAUUGGUGACUUUAUACACACAAUUGAUCAAGGAAACGAUGGCAUUUGCUACACCCAUCCUGAGAAUCUCCCAGGUGUGACAAGAAAUGGAGUUAGCAAGCACUUCUUCCAUAGGCCAUCCAAAGCCUACACCUCUGGUACAAGGAAGAGGAGAAAGAUCAAGUCAGAACGUGGCCUUCGCAGCUGCGAUGAUGUUGGCGAGGCGUGCUGGCAUAAGACCGGCAAGACACGUCCUGUGCUCGUUGGUGGUCAGCAGAAGGGGUGGAAGAAGACCCUAGUGCUGUACAAUAGCUAUGGAAAGCAACGGAAACCAGAGAAGACCAACUGGGUGAUGCACCAAUACCACCUCGGCAGGGAGGAGAAGGACGGGGAGCUGGUCGUGUCUAAGGUCUUCUAUCAGCAGAAGCAGCUGCGUCCUACCGCGACAAUGAUGGGACAGAAUGAUGAAAGGGUAGAAGUGACCUCAGAGGCCAUGAAAGAUAUGCUCCCUGGGUGCGGUGCGGCAGCCGCUGAAGCUGGGGAUGCCAUGAUACAACUGCAGCAGCACCUACAGCAGAGGCAGGCUGAUGGCCAGAGCAGAUUUACUUCUGCCAGGAUGUCCCGUGAGGUUGGUGUAGGCAACCCAUUAGUUGGUGAUCAAGGACUGCUGCAUGAAACCCACCACAUACCAUCACAACAUAAUGAAGUCCGAUCAAUGCUCGUAAAACCAGUGCACACUAUGCCUUCUGUUGAAAGCACACCCCUUGAACACAGAAUCGACCAAAUUAUCGCCUGCAGUGCAAUAUCCCUCAGUCCCCCUGAACAGCGCAGUGAAAACCAAGAGGAUCGGCAGCAGCAGAAGAAAGUUGACUGCAGAAGGCCUUGUAGUUCGGAAGAAGCCAUGAUAGCCUGCCAGACAUCAAGCACAGAAGAGGAUGUGCAGGAAGAGCUUCAACUCUUCCCAAGGAGAUAAAACAGCCUUAUCAACACCGACCUCCUGAUCACCACCAAGAUGGAUAGCACUGCUAGCUGUACCAUCAGAUCAAGCUGUUAAGUCAUGAAUCAAUCCUAGGAGCAUCAAAUCAAUACUGCAUUACUGUCUGGUGCUUCCUGCUCUGCCACAAGUUUUUUGGUAGAGCUAGAAUUUUUAGGUUAAGAGCAUUGGUGAUGACAUUUGAGAUGAACUCUAUUACUAGCUAAGUAAUAUAUAUACAUGUAAAUGUUCAGGAUAUAAUAAAUAUAUUUUCA